GCUCUCGUCUUGUUUGUUACUAGAUACCAGAGGAGCCACAAUCACUCGCUUACUCCCUCGCUCCCUCUCGCAAAAAAAAAAAAAAAAGUCCGCCUUUGCCUGAAAAGGUCUAAAAUAAAAGUGGAAAAGAGGGCGGGAGGGGGGACAAACCACAAAGUGAGUUUGUUUAUCAUAGCCACAGUUCCAUAACCUUGGUAACCUCGCUUUUUUUGUCCCCUAAGUUGCAUCGCUGACACGUUUUUUCAUCGAGGUCGUUAAUUUUUUGGACGGCCCCUCAGGACGGAGUGACCACUGUCGUCAUGGCGGCGGAAGGAACGAGAACAGCUGGGCUUCAUUAGGAGGAAAUGAAGUCGACCUUUAGAAAAAACACACACACACAUUUGUGGCACGCUUGAUGCUCUAAUGACACGUGAACAUGAGAGGCAAGAGUAAUGCUGCUUAAACCUACAUCACAUUCAUUCCAUAUACCACAACACACACACACACGGCUGGAUAUAGGAUAGGUGUGUAUGUCUUAGUUUUGUCCUGCAUCUGUGUACUACAUUCAUCUCAGCCCAUCCUUUUCAGUGGACCAGUCGACCACUUAGCACUGAUGCAUUUCUGCAUUGUUAGGCUGUGGAGAUGUAUGAGCUAUUACAGACCUGAUUGUAUUGCAUAGCAUCUGAUUAAUUGUUUUGCUUUGAGUCAUGCAUUGCAAGCUCAUUGUGGGAUAUUGUGGGUGUUCUUGGAUCCAUUGUUGUACUUGUUUCCCAGCGUCUAAAACAUUCCCAGCAUAUGACAAAUGCUUCCCUAUGACACACUCGAAAUGGCUUUAAAGAGAUACUCCAGUGUUUUUCAUCCUAAUCUCCAUGUAUGACGUGUAGAGAUUACCACAAACAAGAAUUUUGAUGUGUUUCCCUGUACUGAGAACAGAACAAAAAAAAAACCUGUUGAGUUGAAAUUCACUUAUAAUGAAAGUCUAAGGGCAGUUGUUUUUGUGUAGAACAUUUUUAUUUUCACAUUCUUCAGUUAUUUGCACUAAAUUUGUAUCAUUUUUCCUGAGGGAUGGUACUACCUGUUCAUCGGGAAGCAUUAAUAGUUAUCAAUAUCAACAUAUCAAUAUACUUAUGGCCCCAUCUCUCAUGAAUACCACAAAACUUUAAGAGUAAGUAGCAGGAAUUACUUUUUUACCCCAAAAAGAAACGCUAUGUAAACUGACAUAAGGACUGUUUUAGCAAGACAUUCUCUCAUGCCUUUGCUUAGUAGAGUAAAACGUAUUUUAUUUAUUGACCAAGUUGAACAAGUGCCCUUAGCCUUCUAUUACUAGUGAGUUUCCAGUAAACAGGUUUUCGACUCUUUUCUCAGUACAGGAGAACAAGCUGAAAGUCUCGUUUGUGGUUAAUUGCUCAUAUGCUACACACAUGUAAGAUAAAGUUUCAGGUCGGAAAAUGAUGGAGUAUCCCUUUAAGGUUAAGAGAGCACUGUGGGAAAAUCAGUAUUAACACUAGUAGACUAGCCAGGCUCAGUUUCUACUGAAGUGGCUGCUGAUGCGGUGCCAGAGAAAUGGCUCAAAUCUCACCUUUAUGAAAUUUGAUGUACUAGAGAGAGAGAGAGAGAGAGAGAGAACAAAAACUUGUGUUAGGAAGAGUAAGAGCAGGACAUAGUGAAAAGGUUGUUUUGUUUUUGCAUGCUCUUUUUCCCCUUUCCUUGUCCCCUUGUCCCUGCCUUGUUCUCUCUCUCUCUCUCUCUCUCUCUCUCAGUUUUAUAGCAGGAGACAUGAUUUAUUGUGGCCAUCCAUCUUUGGGUCUCAUCCAUCACCUCCUGGUUGCUAGGCAAUCAUGGCAGCAGCUGUUUGCUUUGACUCAGACAGAGGCGCUGUCAAUCAAGGCAGGCAGGUGAAAAGCAUUAGAAACACGCUAUUGUCAGACGGAAUAAUUAAUCAAAGGCAGGAAAGAUAAUUAAAAAGAUAUGACCCUUGCUAGCACUUGCUCGGGGUUGUCGGUGCAGGGAGGGAAGGGAGAAGAAAUAAAAAACGAUGGUAUGGAGGAAAGGAAGGAAGUGGAAGAAGGGGAAGGCACUGGCGUGUGGCAUGUCCUCUCACUCUCUCUCUUUCUCUAGCUCUCUCUCGCUCUCUCUCUCUCUCUCUCUCUCGCUCUCUCUCGCUCUGUCUCAGUUCCUUCUCUUUCCUUGCGACACAGUGAGAGAGUGGAGGCAGGGAAGAUAAAGCUCACUCACUUCGUCACUGGCCCAGGUUGUAAUUAAUUAAAAAGAGAUCGGGGGAGAGAGCAGGAGAGGAGAGAGAAAUAAUAAAAGGGCUGGCUGAGCAGAUGAGAGAGAGAGAAAGAGAGAGAGAGAGAAGGAUAGACAGAGAAUGUGAGAGAGAGAGAGAGAGAGAGAGAGAGAGAGAGAGGAGCACAUGAAAGGAUAGAGUGCCUCUCUCUGAUAUGAGCAAAUGCUACAAACGCGAUCUUUAAAGUGUUCCUCUUCAAAACCCAUGUCGCUAGCACACUUGCAUCUGUGUGUGUGUGUGUGUGUGUAUGAGUGUGUGCUCUCCAACUUCCAUGCACAGCCUCAGGCUUACAUGUCGGUGUGCCUUCUUUAAGUAGAGCUCAAGAUGUCUCUUUUGAAACAUGCGCGCGCACACACACACACACACACACACACUCAGAUGUUAUUCAGAGAGUACUAAUGCUAUUCUAGUGUUUAUACACAGACUAUGGCUGUGUCUCAAAUCACCUACUUAUUACUAAAUAAAUCUAAACAAAUAUAGUGCAGUAAAAAUCCUCUCCCAUCAUGCACCACAAAAGGAAGACGAAGGACUUGUAACAGAUAACAGACAUAACUAAGGAUGGCAGGAGAAUUCGUAUGCAUUGCCGCUUCGGUUUCCGUCUCAUUUAUACACUGUAUUUAGAAAUGAAAUGAACAUAAAAAUGAAAUACAGAAAACAAUGAUAAUAAAUUUAGCUAGCUAACAUCAGUAACAUUCAGUAAACACUGUUGUUUAGUGCAUUAAUUUUACAGAAUGAACGUCUAAUAUAUGAACCAUUAAUAGUGCAUAGUUUAAGUAUUAGCUCAAAUAUUAGGUCAGUGAUUUGCGACACAGCUUUUGAUUUAGACAGAACUGAGAAUAAGCCUUAAGUCACGGGAUACUCAAAAGCUGUCUUUCUUUUUGUGCUAUUCUGGAGUGAAGAAGUGAAAAAAAAAAAAUCAGCCACUGUCAAUACCCAUCUGAUAUUGAAACUUCAAAAUGAUUUUUUUUUUAACCGAAGCACUUAAAAAAAAAUACAUAGCUCAAGACAUGGGUUACACAAAACCACAGCUUUCACACAAAAUCACUUACAUUGCAAACAUAAUAAAGUAUAAAUAUAAUAAAAAUCAAUCCUAACAAAAAAAUACAACCAAGUCUCUUUAUAUGUAAACAUUUACAGUUCCAAAAAAAAUCUUUUCCAAACCCAGUUCUAAUCUUUUCCAUUUGUUACAGGAUUGGCUCAGAGUCAUUCUUUCUUUUCUCUAAUAUCCGCUCUACCAUUUUACAAUUUUAUUUAUUUAUUUUUUUGCUGAUAUCGGCCCAAUACCGAUCCAGGACAUCAGAUCAGUGCCCUGGAUAUUAUAUAUUAUUAUUAUAAUAUUGAUAUUAUUAUAAAUAUUAGGCCCAAAUUUGAAUAUGUACACAUUUAAAUGUGUAGGAUUAUAUUCUUACUGAACCAAAGAGCUUUUUGUUCCUGAACUUUUCCUCCAACAGAUCACAGUAGAUCCAAAUAUUUACAAGCCUUUGUUUGUUUUUGAGUUAUUGAAGCUUGGAUUAAACCCAUUCAAGUCAAGUCGGUUAAUCACUAUAAAAACUCAAUAAUAAAUAUAAUAAACUUUUAUAAUGUUAGGUUGUGAUUUCCACAACUGUAAAAAAAAAAAAGUAAAGUAAAGUAGCAUAAAGUAGCUCCUAAAACUUCAAUACUCACUCCCAAACACUGUAACACUACUCAAUUCACAUAAAGAGAGCAGGAUCAUAUUUGGUACCUAGAUAUUAUAUAAUCUAUUGCAGGUCUUCAUCCUUAACUUCUGAGCACUUUUGAAGAAAGCAGUAAAUCGUGCAUAAAUAGUACACUGGCACUGAAACAUAAGUGAUGGUGCUCUAGUGAUAUUUCAGUUUCAAAUACAAAUUCAUGUUGUACGUUUUCAGAGAUCAAAAGACCACUUUCUUUCUUAGUCUGAGUGUGUAUGACUCCUCAAGAUAAUAUUAAUAUGUGAUCACAGAUUCUCUUCCAUACGGAAGAGUAGCAUUUAAAUCAGGCAGCAUUUCAACACACUAAGCCGCACCUCCUACACUGGGACUGAAACUGGAGAACGAUUUGCUUAAAAGUAUUUUGUUCCCUGUUCAGGAUCACAUAUGUAUCUAGAAGUUAAUUCUAAUAAAGUGCAAAUUAACAGAAAAUAAAAAGCCUUCCAUUUCUGCAGCUGUGUAUACAUUUAAAUCUUUGAUGUUUUGAAUCGGAUGAUUUGCAAGAAAGUUUAAGUAUUGAAAAGAAAACAGGAUGUGAGAGUGUUUUUUUUUUUUUAAUUCGUGGUUCAACAUUAGGGCAGAUAAAAUAGACACGUCACUCUGACACACCUGCGACAACGCUAGGAAAAAACAUUUUUUUUUUUUUAGAUUUACAUCCUUUGUUGAAUUGUUCUAUAAAAAUUACACAUCGAAUCGGCGUUGUCACAAAUUCAAAUGGCAAUUUCUGCAUUCACAUUUCCGUUCUUUGAUAUUCAAAUUGAAUUGGAAUGGUGACAUUUGUUUUGACAGUCUGAGUAUGUGUGUGUGUGUGUGUGUGUGUGUGUGUGUGUGUGUCUUUGCCCUGGUCCACCCAGAAUGACAACAGUCUCUUUUCUACUUCCUCUGAGUCUCUCAGGUAAUAUGAGGUCAUGUUGCCUCUAGCAGCAGGUCUCCCUUGGGUCUUUUUUUUUCCCUCCGUCCUCUGUUCCUCUGCCUGCCUCCCUCUCUAAUUCUCUCUCCCUCACUCUCUCACACACACAUCAUGUUUUCUCAGGACUACCUCAAAAGAUGAGGACCUGGAUCUCACAUUUCUGUUAAGUUUUUAGUACAGCUUGUCUCCAAACACAUGUCCUGUCCUUGUUUUGACUGCAGAUGGGAUCAGAGUGUGUGUCAGGAGCUUUUCUCUUCCCGCACUGGUCAAAGAAGUAAGAAGUGUUUGUUAAAUCUUUAUCUAAUAGAGGAGUCACGCUGAUCCACACACACAGGUGCAGAAUUAGCGGCCAGUCAAAACAGUGCAGGACGAUAUUUUAAAUCUUGUAAAUUAAAAAUGAUAACAGCGCUCAAAAACCUGCUAUUCUUGAAAAAUGACAUCGAGAAAUGUAAAGGGUUUGACUUCUGUGUAUUAGCAAAGUCUAAACCUUUAUAUUGUUCAUAUUGUAUUAUUUUUAUUUUAUAUUUUAUUGUGUUUAGCAAUUCUGGUGCUGAUUUGUUGGUUGGUGCUGUAUUUUCAUUAUUCCUAAGAGACGUUAGCGGUUAAGUGCCACACUGAUGUCACAGGGGACAUUGCUAGCACAUUUAAUUGGAAAAAGUUCAACGCUCUCAAACAUACGUGAUAAGGUCAGGUUUUGCUGUUAGCUCCCGAAAAAAAAGAGCAAGAGCUUCUUUUCUCACUCACCAUUUUCCAGCGAUGUUCAAUGUCAUAUUACAUCCAAUGAAGAAGUAGUGGAGACUGCAAACGUCGGACUCAAAGUCCCAGAAUGCAGUGCAGCUUUACACUGAGUUACAGCAGAGACUCGGCUCAGCUAGUUAGGGAUCUAUGAACUGACAAGCGCAAUGGCAUUGACGAUGGAAUUAGUAUGAAAGCUGAAGUUUUGGUUCAUCUACAGAUAAGGAGGUGAGAGAGCUGGACAGAUGAAAGGAUUAAAGCUCUGCUGCAUCAUUCUCUUAAGGUAAAGAUGUAGCAAGGGCUAAUUUCUGCCCACUGGGUAGUCAAACAUCAUUGCUGGUAAUGGAGGAAGAAGUGAAAACAGACCAACCUGUCGAUGAAAGUGUAACCUAAAAAAUGUCAACUCAGAAUUUCAUUACACGGAUUUUUCCUUUAAGCAUGCAAUCAUUUGCUAAAACUUCUCCUCAGCACAAGGACAUCAUUCUAAUUAAAACUGAAAGAUGAUGAGUAUUUACUUCCUGUUUUGCUUCCAGAAUAUAAAUAUACUGAAAGGAUUACACAGUCUAAAAGGCGCUCAGAUAUACUGCAUGCAAGUUUGAUAUACUGUUCAUGUAUCUCAAAGAAGUUAAAGUACUUUGGUAACACUGGAACCUUUAAGAACGUAAUCAACAAAUUCUGUGAGGUUACGCUGUAACUUUCAUGUUCUGAAAAUGUGAAUUAGUGAUGUUUCACUUCACAAUGUUUUUUUUACAUUUAUCAAGCUAACAGUUUCAAGUUAGCAGAGCAACUUUUUAACCUUCCAUUUCUAAAAAUGUUUGGUUUUAGAAUGUGCCAUUUGUCUUGUUUUCUGAGUGUUUGGAGAACAUUUAUAAACAUUCCUUCAACAAAGUUUUUAAUAUUUUUAGCCAUAGGAAUGUUAAGACAAAUGUUUCAUUUGUUUUUGUCUAACUGGGAACAUUGUGUGAGAAACACUGUGAACCAAACCAUUAUUUCAUGUUUUCAGAACAUUACCCGAACACCUAACCUUCUCAAAAUCAGUUAAACACAGUACUAAACAUUCUAAAAAAGAUUUUCUGUUAACUGAGUAGUCAGAAGACAAGCACCGGUCUUUUCUAAGGCCGUAGCUGGCAUUUAAAUGCUUAAUUGUUUAUAUUGGAUGCAGGUGUAAAAUUAUCUGCUAAGUAUUUCUGCACGUUUUCUAUUAAGUAAUGAGUGUAAAGUGCACAUUAUGGGUUUAAAUGGCUUAAGUGCUUAAUCUCCUGUUCAGCCAAUGUGCUGAACAUGGAUUUAAUUGAUCCAUUGCCUUUUCAUGAGCUUAAAAAUGUCAACCUGUUUUUAGAAAAGUCUCACUGCUAAAGUCGUACAGCAGGCAUGAAAUUCCAUCAUAUACAUCUCUAGUAUGGUUGCCAAUCUCGCAUGAUUACAGAUUUGAAGUAUCUGCACUAGAAAGGAGCAGCGUUUUGCUCGAUAGAUGCCAGCUGUUCUGAUUAGCGAUUAGCCAUCAACUGAUGUCAUGAGCCGGUGUAGUAUUUUGAGUCUAGAUAAGUUGCAUACAGCAUUCAGAUAUAGCCUUGAAGUCUAAAGCCAUUGCACUGGACCGUGAUCAACUCCAAUACCUCAGUACCCCCUGCCACUCAUGCCACACAUGCCUAUAUCCCACCCUACACUCCAGCUCAAGUAGUCUACAGGAACCUUUUUCAGGAACCCUGGAACUUAUCGUGCAUUGUGGCAGUGUAGUUUGUACACAUAUCAAGCAAGUUAACUCUUAAGGCAAGUAGCAAAAAUGUGGCUUUAUUCACAUACGCCAGGUUUAAAGUGCUGUGCUAAUUAUUAACAUCAUUUUUGUGCGACUAGGUAAAUCAAAACAGAAAAACACAACCUGAUUUCCAACUUCCUCCAUUUUCACUCGCAUAGUUCGCUUCUGUAUUCUUGUUCUUCUGGAACUAACUUCUGAACCAUCUAGUCUAGUCCAAAUGUCAGGUGAGCAGAUCUAGUACCAAGAUCUAUGCGAUGAUAGAUCAUUUCAGAAUUUUACUAAUUGAUAUGAAGUCUUUCAUACAAUCUCGUUUGCUAUAGUGUAUGCUUAAUGUUAUGUUCGCUACUGUCUGUUGACAGUUAUUUAAAAUCUACUUUAAAAUAAUGCGUGAAGUUGUGUUGAUUUCUCUCGCCGGGCCGCCUACUUUAUCCUUCGGCGCACUUUUAUGACACACUCAUCCUCACUUCCUGAUGCGUGGGGAGAGGAUGUCGCUCCUGACAAGGGCCUCACUGUUUAUGAAUUCCUCUGGCCUGAUCCAGCCACAGAAUUCUCUGGAAAAAAAAGACAAGUGUGCAUGGCAGGGUGUGUCUCAGUCUGUACCAUCAUAGCAUUGAAAGUGUAUUAAAUAUGUCUUGUGCAUGUCUGAGUAUUUCCUGUGUGUGUGUAUGUGUGUGUGGGUAGUAUGUGGGAGGCAAUAAAUCACUCAGAUCAAUUGUGGGUUGUGUUAUGGAAUUCCAGACAGGAGCUGGCUGUGGUGUCAGGCCUCAGAGUAUACAGCUGUCUCUGAAUGUCCACUAGUGUCCUAGCACACAUUAUCCCUUGCAGUCAUUACACUCUCUAUCCGAUGUCAAGCUGUGCAGAUUUUCUGUUCAUGCAGGUGUAUAAGUGCAAUGACUUGUGCAGUAAUACUCUGUCAGUACUCUGCUUCCUUGCGAAGUAUACGGAUAUGGAAGGGUGUGAAGGAAAACAAUGCAGUGAUAACCACAAAACCUUAUAUCACAGUUCUUUAGUAUAUUACAGUAUCUGGUUGCUAUUUAAAACGACAUUAAGUUGCAUAAUUUCAGGGGCUUUUAUUAUCCAAACAAUGCAGAAAUACUGAUUUUAAAUUAUUUUUCACCUUUCUGGGAGAAAAAAAAUAAGUCCAUGUUGGCAUGGAACAAUAAGUUAAUGGUUCAGUCCAAAAAAAUAAAAUAAAUGCAAAAAAUGCCACAGCAACCCCUAUUAAAAUAUCACUUUGCAAAUAUUACUUCCCUGGUGUUACAAUUACCAUGACAUCACUAGGUGUAAAUAAUAUCUAUAUAUUGUUCCACUGCUAUCCGUCAGGAUGUGUAAUUAACUUUUGUCACAUGUCAAUACAAAUUCCAAUACGUGAUAGUAUUUAAAUAAUAAUAAUUAAGAUAUAAGGCAACUUGCAAAUUGUUGAAAAAAGCACAGAGAAAAAAAAAAAGCCUUUAACAUUCUCUUGUGUACUGAUUACAUCCACAUCAAGUAGUGCUGGAGGAGGAGACAAGGUAGAGUGAGAGCGACAGAUUCACCAUCCUGUGUGUGUGUGUGUGUGUGUAAGGUUGGAGGGACUGCGGCUGCUUUCUUCGCUUAUCUCUCCAUCGUGACACAGGGAACUGCGCUACAUUAAUACCUGCGAUAGAGACUGUCUGCCUCGCACCUCUCUACAAUGCAGAUAAGCUUCAGCAGCGCAGGAUUAUCAACACAGCCUCACUCCCGCUCUGUAUCUCUCUCACACACUUACACUCACGCUUUAUUUAUUGUUUAGAGGCACUGGGUAAAAAAAAAAAAAGACGGAAAGGGAGAGUAGCGUAAAAAAAUAGGAGAUGUAGAGGAUUGAACCAACAUUGUAUUGCGAAAAUGUUGCAGAUUGGAUUAUUAGAGCAAGAGGAUGAGAGAAUUUCCUUUAUUAUAGUACAGCAUUUUAGCCAGAGGAUCUAUAUUUUGCUCCCACUUGAUUUUCUUGUUUAUUUGAAAUAUAAUAUGUUUAUGUGUUUAUGAAUUCAGUGUAAUACUUCUUUCUGCUCUCUCCCAUUACUCAGGUAUGUUUGAAACAAGAUAAAGAAAAGUCUGAUAUGUCUCAGUUGUGUUCUCAAGCUCAGUCUUUGUAGUGUGUGUAGUGCAUAUGUGUGUAUAUGAUUACCAUUGUGUGUGUUUGUGUGUGUGUGUGUGUGUGUGUGAGUUAUUUGAGGAGUACGGCUUUACCUCAGUUUUCGCAGCCCCCUGUGGAGCUUUAUCCUGCUCACACAAUACUAGGUGGUAACACUUCCUCAUCCUUACUGCAUCACUGAUUUGUGUGUGUAUGCACGAUGGGAGUAUCAACACACCGAUACACACACGGGCAAGUGUACAAACAUGGGAAAGUACACACACACAUACACACACAUAUAUACACACACACUUUAAUUGGGUUGCGAGAGGUUAAUGGUCUUUCUAAGCCUAGGCCCUUAGGGUGUGUGCAAAUGGCAGUUUAAAAAGCUUGUACAUCUAAACAUGAGCUUUUAGUUCUGAAGGGCUUUGAUGCAGUCUCUCUCUCUCUCUCUCUCUCUCUCUCUCUCUCUCUCUCUCGCUCUCACUCUCUCACACACACACACACACAUAUACACAUGCACACUAUUCCCUCCACCCAGUACACUCAUGCAAGGCGUUUUAACGCCCAGUGCCUCAGGGAUCACUCUUGGGCCCGCUCCGUUUUCGUUCAUGCGGCCUUGCGUGUUAAUGAGAUAAUUAAACGUGGCGUCCCUCUUCCUGUUAUAUUUCAACAACCCCCUCCCUCGGACAGCAGGAUCAGGCCAGGCCUUUGAAAUGGAUACGCUAUCAGUUCCCAGCCGAGGCCCGUGGUCUAACGGCCCCCAGCGUUCCGGGACAGGAGACCAGCGCUGAUGAGCUCCGAGCGCUAGCAAUCCAUCAUUCACCGAGAUUUUACAAAUCCUAAACCGAAAUAAAAUAUCAAAGACGUCGAAUGCCUCGAUUUAAAGGGUCUUGUGUUGCUUUUCGAUUUCAAGCCAUGUGUUUAAUCAGUGAAACGAAAGCUAAGCCAAGUUGUGUUACUUAUUUGGAAUGCUCAAUCAUACUUGAAAUAAGCCUAUCCUUAUAGGUCUAAAAUUAAAUGUUGAUGAUGACUAUGUGCUAGAAUGAUGUUGCAUUAAUUAGUUCAUUUUCCAGAUCAGCGGACAUGUGCAGAGAAUGCCUUUUUUAACCUCUAGGUGAUUCACAGGGGAGAAUGAUAAAAAUCCUUCUAUAGCAGACUAUAGCAGAAGUACAGUCUUGUGUGUAGCAGAAAAGCAUGAAAUGAAAUUAGAAUUGCAUUAAUAAUAAUAAUAAUAAUAAUAAUAAUAAUAAUAAUAAUUAGCAGUAGUAGUUGUAGUAGUAGUAGUAGUAGUAGUAGUAUUUCGAUUUCUUCAUAAAGUUUUAUUUGAAAGCUGUUCUACUGAACUCACAUGAUUCAUGUUAGACAUAAUCCAUUCCCAGAAAAGCACAUUUGUGUGUGUAUGAGUGUGUGCGAUGUCAAGCUUUCUGGAAUGGUAGUGUCUUAAUUACGCAUCCUGUUUACAUCCUACUGCUUUUCGUUUCGGCACGUAGCACACAUGAAACGAGCCUGCUCUCUCUCCUCGGUUUUCCCUCCUCCGGCCCUCAGCCCGCCUCUGUAGUUAUGGUACUUAUAGGGUCAGCUCUUGUGCCUUAACCCCCCUUUACACACAUGCUCCUAACCUUAACCCUAACCCUAACUUUCAUACUCUCUGUAGGAUAAUUCACACAGCCAUAAAUAACCCUACACAGCGACUUUUACAUCUCUGUCAAGCUGGCAUGCUGGAGCUGCUUCACAUUUUUACUGUCAUGCAUUACAAGAGUUACAAGAGCCAUUCUCGGCAUAAUGGAGGAACCGAUACAUGUCUGAUCUAGGCGAGAGUGAGAGAGAGAGAGAGAGAGAGAGAGAGAGAGAGAGUUUGUGAUUACACUGCUGCACUCUCUUUUGCAUUCCUUUUUCCUUUUAAUCUUCUCCUCAUCUUCCACCCUUUGACCCUUCAUCUUGUUAUGUGUGUAUCUACAGCCACAGCAUUCAUUCCUUGCUUUGAGACAUUUCAUGGAAAUGCAAAAAAAAAAUUAGUUUAACACACCAGCGAGACGUUUUCUUCGGCACCUAUUAAGGAUGCACUCCUAACAUUAUGAUGCCGUGUGUAUGUGAGUGUGUGUGCGUGUGUGUAUGUGUGUGGGAUUGGUGUGUUUGAGGGCGGUGCCGCUAUCCGUGAAGGCCUCUGAUUGCUGGUUUUCGUAUUGCAUCAUUAGCCGAGAAGGUUUGUGUGUUUACCAGUGCAGGCAAAACACUGUGGACAUUAAUGUGUCCUGCCGUGGUUUAUGAGCCAUUCAACACACACACACAAACACACACAAUAAACUCAGGAAAGAACGUGUGCGCACACGCCCUUGCACACUCACCCUCUGUGGUAUAGUUUUUUAGAAUAAAAAACUGUGGUAUAUAUUUUUAGAAUAAAUGCAUCCCUCUGCGUCUCUUUGUGAUUUUGUAGAAUUAGCAGAGGCCAUAUUUGAUUUUAUUCAGUGGGUUAAAUGCUCAUUAGGUGUCUCUACAAGUCUGCAUGACCUCAAUGCAGCAAACACAUCAAUUUUUAAAAAGAUACAGUAGAGGAAAACUCAGCCAUUUCCCUGUACCCGUGUCACAGGUCCUUACUAUUCAUUAAUGUAACAUGAUUGAGCAGAGAUGAUAACGGGUGCGGGAAGAUGACACACUCAAAACGGAGGAAUUAGAGACAUAACAGCAUCAGCCAGCGAUGCUGCAGAGAACCGCUUCACUCUGCGGUGGGUGACAUUUUCAUACGAUCUGACUUGCACCCUGCUCUCUCUCUCUCUCUCUCUCUCUCUCUGUCAUACCUUUUCCACUACAGAUGGGAAAUAUGGAAGACUUGGAAGACUUCCCGGCACACAGUAUGCAUUAUGAUUGUAUUUAUCCAAAGCAUAUGUUCCCGAGGAGCUCAAAGAAGCUGCCUUAAUGGAUGAGGAUGUAGAGGGAGAUGAUUCAGCGGUUGAGGAAGAGCCUGCCGUUAAAUACAUGUGCCAGGACAAGGACUUCCUUCUCAAAGACCGGCCAGGCUUCCACGACUCUCCAACUGCAGACCUCUCCAGCCAUGAAAUGGACAGUGAGUCACACCUCAGCGAGACCAGUGACAGGAUGUCAGACUUUGAGAGUGCCUCGGUGAAGAAUGAGGAGGAUAGCACUGCCAAGGACCCACUUACACCACUCAAUUCAACUACACCCAUGAAGAUGACAGCUGUGGCCCCACCCAGCAGUGAGGAAACACCCACUGCAGGCCCAGACAGCCUUGAGCAGAUGAAGGCCAUUUACACCAGCUUCUUGACCAAUUCUUACUGGUCAUCGCUGAAUAUGGCACAGCCUCCAACUGAAAAACCCCCACGCAGCCACAGCAGUAGCAGCAGCAGUAGUAGCAGCAGCAGUAGCUGUGGUAGUGGGGGCUAUGACUGGCACCAGUCAGCUGUUGCCAAAACCUUGCAGCAAGUUUCACAGAACCAGAGCAGAAUACUACACCCAGCUUCUGAGCCUAACCUCUUUAGCACUGUGCAGCUUUACCGGCAAAGCACCAAGCUCUAUGGCUCCAUCUUUACAGGUGCCAGCAAGUUCCGCUGCAAAGACUGCAGUGCUGCCUAUGAUACGCUAGUUGAGCUUACGGUGCACAUGAAUGAAACAGGCCAUUACCGAGAUGAUAACCACGAGACAGACAGCGAGGGCACUAAGCGUUGGUCCAAGCCACGCAAACGUUCACUGCUGGAGAUGGAAGGCAAGGAGGAUGCUCAGAAAGUACUCAAAUGCAUGUAUUGUGGCCACUCCUUUGAAUCACUACAGGAUCUAAGUGUCCAUAUGAUCAAGACAAAACACUAUCAAAAAGUGCCUCUCAAGGAGCCUGUGACACCUGUGGCAGCCAAGAUCAUCUCCUCUGCUCGGAAAAGAGCCCCUAUUGAGCUGGAUCUGCCCAGCUCGCCAGACUCUAAUGGAGGAACACCCAAACCCUCUCUCGCAGACACCAGUGACCUCUUGCAGAAGACAGCAAAUCCCUACAUUACUCCUAAUAAUCGCUAUGGGCAUCAGAAUGGUGCUAGCUAUGCAUGGCAGUUUGAAUCUCGAAAAUCCCAGAUCCUGAAAUGCAUGGAAUGUGGAAGCUCCCAUGAUACCCUUCAGGAGCUAACAGCUCACAUGAUGGUUACUGGGCACUUCAUCAAGGUUACGAACUCUGCCAUCAAGAAAGGCAAGCCUAUUAUGGAGGUGCCAACCAACCCACCCCCUAACACCAUGUCCUCUAGUGAAGAUAAGGUACAGUCAGUGCCACUGGCUGCUACAGCUUUUUCCCCACCUCCUCCUGCACCCCCUCCACCCAGCAUAUCCCCUGCCAUAACUGCUAUGGAAAUUAAAAAAGAGGAAAAGGAAGAAGAGUGCACAAAGGAAACCACUAACAGCAGCAAAGAGAAGAAAGCAACAGAUGACGAAGCUGAGGAGAAGUUUGACAUUUCUUCCAAGUAUCCAUAUUUGACUGAAGAAGACCUGGAAGAAAGCCCUAAAGGUGGAAUUGACAUUCUCAAAUCACUGGAAAACACAGUUACAUCUGCCAUCAACAAAGCACAGAAUGGCACACCAAGCUGGGGAGGAUAUCCCAGCAUCCAUGCUGCUUAUCAGCUCCCAAACAUCAUGAAACUUUCCUUGCGCAACUCAGGAAAGAGCUCCCCACUGAAGUACAUGUUCUCGGGUGAAGAGAUCCUAUCCCCAUCCAAAAAUCAACCUCUUAUCUCUCCUCCAAGCUGUCAGACCUCACCUCUUCCCAAAAAUAACUUUCAUGCCAUGGAAGAACUUGUCAAGAAAGUAACAGAAAAAGUGGCCAAAGUGGAGGAGAAAAUGAGGGAUACAACUGCACGUGCUUCCCCUCUAAGGCGAACAACACCCUCUCCUUGCAGUAGUGAAGCUGGGGAGUCUGCCAGAGGGGAUUCACCCAAGGAAAGCAGAGGAGUCAAAACUCCAGAGACCAAUGGAACAGUAAGUGCUCACAAAGACUCCAAUGGUGAGGGUCUCACAAAAGAGCCAUUAGAAAAUGGCACUGACCAUGCUGUCAAAACUCCAGUCUCAUCUCUGUGCAGCAGCACUGCAAUUAUAACAGACCAUCCCCCAGAACAGCCAUUUGUCAACCCCUUAAGUGCGCUUCAGUCUGUCAUGAAUGUCCACCUAGGUAAAGCUGCUAAACCUGCCCUUCCAUCUCUGGACCCCAUGAGCAUGCUCUUCAAGAUGAGCAACAGUCUGGCAGAGAAGGCGGCUAUUGCUGCCUCCACACCAGCUCAGACCAAAAAGACAAACGAGCAUCUUGACCGCUACUUCUACCACAUCAACAAUGACCAGCCCAUUGACCUGACUAAAGGCAAAAGUGAAAAGAGCAGCUCCCUGGGAUCAGCUGUGUUGUCCUCCUCCACUUCAACUCCUUCCUCAGUGUCACCUUCUUCAACCAUUACUAUGGCCAAGACAUCAUCUGCUGUGGCUUCAUUCAUGUCUAAUUCACCUUUGCGUGAAAAUGCGCUGUCUGACAUUUCUGAUAUGCUUCGCAACUUAACAGAAAGCCAUGUCUCCAAAUCUUCCACACCAACCAGUCUGUCUGAGCGAUCAGAUGUAGAUGGUGCUACACAUGAGGACUCUGAAGACAUGUCACCAGCUCAGAAGCGCAAAGGUCGGCAGUCCAACUGGAACCCUCAGCAUCUUCUUAUCCUGCAAGCACAGUUUGCCUCCAGCUUGAGACAAACGAGUGAUGGCAAGUAUAUUAUGUCUGACCUCAGCCCACAGGAACGCAUGCAUAUCUCUCGCUUCACUGGCCUUUCAAUGACUACAAUUAGCCACUGGCUGGCCAAUGUCAAGUACCAGUUGAGGCGGACAGGUGGCACAAAGUUCCUGAAGAACCUUGAUUCUGGCCAUCCCGUGUUCUUCUGUGGUGACUGUGCUUCACAGAUACGCUCCCCUUCCACCUACGUCAGCCAUCUUGAAUCACAUCUGGGCUUUCGGCUUAGAGACCUGGCUAAAUUAUCUGGGGAGCAGCUAGUCAACCAGAUAUCACGUCACGCAAAGGGGCUCUCUGAGAAACUGCUGUCAGCUCAAGCCCAUGCCUUGACCCACUCAAUCCCUAACCCUAACACCAAUUCCAACCCAAGUCCACACUCCAACUCCCACUCCCCUUCCCCAGACGAGGAAGCCAGUGGGGCCACAUAUCAGUGUAAACUGUGCAACCGGACUUUUGCUAGCAAGCACGCUGUCAAACUCCAUCUGAGCAAGACUCAUGGCAAAUCCCCUGAGGACCACCUUAUGUAUGUCUGUGAACUUGAGAAACCUUAGCGCUGAUCAAGGACUCAGUACUCUGUCUUUCACCUAUCUCUAUUUCUCAUGCUUUCUCUGAAGCCUUCUCUCUAACAUUUCUUAAAACCAAGAUGAACUGAUGACUAACAAAGAAAUAACUGCACAUAGAUGCCAUAAAACUACUGUUUAGUUUCGGCACAUGAUGUGUGGGUUUUCCUCCUGGAAUAACUCAUUCUGGUUCAGAGACAUUCUCUUUUCUCAUUUUAGGUAAAAAAUAAAGAAAAACAAAAAAGGUAAUUUUCUAACUGUGCAGUGUCGAGUGAAGAGGUUCUGUUGUCACUGGUAAAAUAUGAAGGUAUAUAAGAAAAACUUAAAAUGAAGUUGUAUGUAUUUGGAAGUUGUGUAAAUUGGAUUCAAUUUUAUUUCUUUUGUUUUUUUUAUUUUAUUUUUCUUUCUUUUUUGUUUUGGGCAUCUCUCAGAUGCAGUAAGCUGCAUGCAUUGAUGAAUUGGUUUAGUUUAACUUUUAAUAACUAAAACUCCUUUGUUUUUUUUUUGUUUUUUUUUGGUUUGUUUUAUUUUUCUUUUUUUAGUUAAUGUGACCUGUGUGUGCUGAUGUCAGCAGACAAAAUUUAACCCUCUGAGUACGUGCAAAAUCUUGUACAUUACCAGUCCAGAAUAUAGAAAGUAAAAAGAGAGAAAUCAGAGAUUGGACAUGCCCACGUUCAAAUAUGAGAGGCCACAUUAUUGUGUACGGUAUUUUGGUACCUCACAAAAUGAAAUAAGAAAAGAAAAAUGGAAAAAGAAUACUAUACAUGAUACCUGAGUGGUUUCUGAUGCAAAACGUGUGUGAAUUCAAAAUAACAGUCUUUUAGUUUUCUGAAAUCAGGGGCCUUUUGAAUUCAGGUCGGUGUAAAAAAAAUGUACAUAUAAACAUAUAAACUAAUUUCUGUUUAAAUUAUGCAUCAUUUUAUAUUUUUAAUUUAAGAGGAGUAUGACUAUCUACUGGUGCACAAUAUAUGAAGACAUUAAUUAAAUUGUUUUGCACAAUAGUUUUAUAAAUGUUAUUUAAUCAGAUGAUAUAAAAUUGAGAGAAAAAAACCCACCCUAAUCUUUUAUUUCCACCUCGUGCUCAAAGGGUUAAACUUCUUGUACAAGACAAUACUUGUUCCAUCGUUUCUUGAACAUUUCAAAGGUUGUACAAAAAGAUGCUACUUUAUAAUGCAAGGAGGAAUUCCACAAAUGUAACCUAUUAUUUAUAAGCACUCUUGGUUGUUGUUUUAUAUUGUAGAAUGCCUUUUUGAUUGGUAACUUUUAUGUUGUUCUGUCUAAUUAUUCUCCCAUGAUUCCACACUGCAGCUUUAUCAUUUUUGGGGGGAUCUGAAGGGUAACCAUGGUUACCCUUCCUCCGAUUGACAGUUCUGCUACAUUUUUGGCAGUUAAUUUGCUGAAAUAACUGACAGCUGCCAGUGAAUGGAAAUAUAAUGUGUAAAAUAUUGGCAUGUAAACAGCACAGGCACUGUUAUGCAUUCUGUGCCGUGAUUCUCUUUUUGUUGUUGUUGACAAUGAACCACCCAUUAUAUGACUUCAUAUAACCUUUUUUUCUACUGCAGCAUUAAAAUGACAAUGUUUUGUUUUUUGCAAUAA